CAGAAAACUCUCUAUUAAUUCUGAUAGCAUAAUUUUUUUGUACAAAUAGCAGAUUUGUGUAUAGAGAGAACAUGUCACAUGUCGAUUCCAUAACAACCACGCUAUUUGGUCAUAGAGAGAGAGAGAGAGAGAGAGAGAUGGAAGGGAUUAAGCACAAGAUGGUGAAUGUGAAUGGCAUAAACAUGCACCUAGCUGAAAAAGGUGAAGGCCCAGUAGUACUAUUCCUCCACGGAUUCCCCGAGCUUUGGUAUACAUGGCGCCACCAAAUCCUGGCCUUCGCCGCCUCAGGUUACCGAGCCGUUGCACCGGACCUCCGUGGAUUUGGCGACACCGAUGCUCCUCCUUCCAUCACCAGCUACACCUGCCUUCACGUGGUGGGUGAUAUGGUGGCUCUCAUAGGGUCCCUCGGCGUUGAUCAAGUGUUCUUGGUGGCGCACGACUGGGGCGCCAUGGUUGGCUGGUAUUUGUGCAUGUUUCGACCCGAUUUGAUCAAGGCUUUCGUGUCUUUAACUUUGCCUUUCCGGCCAAGGCAUCCCAAGUUGAAGCCUAUUGAGGGCAUGCUAGCUUUCUUUGGUGAUGACUAUUAUAUGUGCAGAUUCCAGGAGCCUGGAAAGAUGGAAUCAGAAAUUGCAGAAUAUGGAGCUGCAGCAGUGAUCAAGAAAAUUCUUACUGAUCGUAAACCGGGUCCUCCCAUCUUACCCAAACAAAACCCGUUUGGAAAUCUCCGUGAUAUCGAUGAUAUCAAACUACCCGCGUGGUUUUCGGAUGAAGACCUCAAAUACUAUGCUAGUAAAUAUAACCACAAUGGAUUCACUGGAGGAUUGAACUAUUACCGCGCACUUGAUCUAAACUGGGAACUAACUGCAGCUUGGACAGGAGUACAGAUAAAAAUUCCAGUUAAAUUCAUUGUGGGGGGUCUGGAUAUGAUGUACACUACUCCAGGGAUGAAGGAAUAUGUACAUGGAGAUGGGUUCAAAAAUGAUGUGCCAUUAUUGAAGGAAUGCGUCGUGAUACAAGGAGCCGGUCACUUCAUCAACCAAGAGAGAGCUGAGGAAGUCAACGCUCGCAUCCAUGAAUUCAUUAAGGAAUUCUCGACUUUUUGAUCAUUUUGUAACGAAUAAUGUUUGUUAGUGUGCGACCAGAAUUUUGGGACAUUUAAUUUAUGGUUUGUACUAAAAUCUAUGAAUAAAUAGUGCUUGAUGAUUUAGAAUCA